AUGUGGUCGAAAUUCGCUCUUGUCACAGGAUGUGGCCAAGGAGGCAUUGGAGAGGCACUCGUCCGCGAGUAUUCUCAGCGGGGCCUCCACGCUAUUGCCACAGUUCUUCCUUCGGAGUCCAGCGAGCAUCUUUCUGAAGCGGGAAUCACCUGGUUCCCGCUGGAUGUGACGAAGGAGGCAUCCAUCCUGGAGUUGAAGAAGAACAUUCUCGCUCUGACCGACGGGUACCUCGAUAUUCUUGUUAAUAACGCGUCAGUGCAGACGAUGUUUGACGUCAACGUUUUUGGGCCCAUGAGGAUGGUGCGGCACUUCCACGACAUGUUGAUCGAGUCGUCUGGCACCAUCGUCAACAUCGGUUCCAUCGGGGGGGUCGUGCCAUACGUCUACGGAGCGUCGUACAAUGCCACGAAGGCGGCUCUGCAGCAUUGGUCCAACACCCUACGCAUAAUAUCUGGGGAGGUGGGCACCAACAUUCUCAAGAGAGACACAGACCGGGAAAUCCCAGAGGACUCGUACUUUGCUCCCCUCGCUGCCGAGUUCCGGCAACACGUACGCAGAACUCCCGACACGACCGACCGCUUCGUGUACGCGCACAACGUCGUCGCGCAGAGCCUGAAGCCGUCACCGCCUGCGUGGUUCUGGUACGGAAAGGCGACGUUCAUCAUCCGCAUGCUGGACGCGCUCGCGUUCCGGACCAUAUGGGACGGGAUGUUCUGGUCCAUGUUCAACUUCGACAAGCUGAAGAAAGCCCACGCGCUGCGGAGGGGGAAUACCACUCGCCGGCGCCCAACCCCGUAG